AUGGAUGCCAGUUUAUUAAGGCUCUUGGCCGCGCUCAUAUUGAUCUCGCUGUAUCGGCAAGCGGCGUUGCUUGAGGUGUCCACUCACACUCACACCCGCAAUGAACAGCGGAGUGAUGGCGGCCGUAGCACAAUGCUGGAGAAUGGUCUUACACGUACGCUCAAACACAUCUACGGUAUCUGCGGUGAUCGUGAUGAUCUUUUUUGGUGUUUCAAGGUGCAAGCGACGCGCCUGCUGGGACGCGCGCUAAAAGUACAGAACAUCAAUAUCGUCGAAGGUGUGACGAUUGUUAAGAAAGGGGACAAUGAAACGCGUACGGGGCGCGCCAGCGCGAACGCCGAACUAAACCUGAGCAAUCGUGAUUUGGAAAAUCUAUCGAUGAAGAGCCUGGAUGCACUGCUAAUGGAACGUUUUUUGCGUUUCAUUGAUAGUCGACAACUGCAGGUGAACUUGCCGCGACUACUCAACUUUAGUCAGCGCAACGGGCAGGAUUUAUUCAGCGCCAUAAGCGCUUACUUCCAACAAUUUACGCUCGGCGAUGACGAAGUGGAUGCGCAAAAUUCGAUGGUAGAAGGACGCAAGAAAAAGGGUGAUGAUAAGAAGUAUUUGGGGCCCUUCAUAGCGGCCGUUAUGCUAAAGACGGCCAUACUCAAAAUGGCCUAUCACUCGAUCGCUAUUGUUGCUGGCAAAGCGCUGAUUGUGGGCAAGAUUGCGCUCAUUAUAAGCGCCAUAAUUGGCUUGAAGAAGCUGGUAUCAUCGGAGGGCGGUGAAAAGACCACUUACGAAAUUGUCAAACACCCGCAAGUGCAGCACAGUCAGACCUAUUCAUCGAGUCACGCGGGCGAAUACGAGGCCGGCCAUGAAGGCGGCUCCUACCAUCGGAGCAUAGACGACGAGAUGAUGAUGCAGGAUAAAGCGUAUAAUGCUUGGGUGCCCUCGCGUGUGCAAACAUAA